AGAGAAAAUUGGCCAAAAGAAAUGGUUUUGGAGUUAUGUCGGUUCUUAAACAAAUAUAUCACGAAGCAUGGUCGAAAUAAUCCUUUCAAAUGGGUUACCCUUCAGCCAGAGUUCGAAAAAAUGAUAAACCGUAAAUUCCCCAGUGAUAAAGCUUUGAAAAAUAAGUAUGAUGGUAUGAGAAAAGAGUACAAUCUUUGGAAGUCGCUAAAGCACGGGGAGACUGGACUUGGUUGGAAUGAAAGUACUGGUCAACUUGAUUGCGAUGAUGAAUGGUGGGCUAAAAAAAUUCAGGAAAACCAAAAAUAUGAAGGAAUUCAAAAUAAUCAACCAUCUAAACAACUACAAGAAGAAUGGGAUCUAUUAUAUGGAGAUGCUGUUGCAAGUGGGGAAAAUUGUGUGGCACCCUCUAUGGAUCCAACUACAUUCACUGGGGUGCAUGUUGAGAUCCUUGAUGAUGAAAAUGUUGAGGGAGGUGACAAUGAAGAUGCGUAUCAAGUAUACAAUGAAACACUUGAAAGACUGGAAAAACAAGAAGCUGGCUUCUAUGGUACCUUUAUGAAAAAGGUCAUUCAAGAUGAUGCAUCAGCACCAAGCCCAAGUGGAGUUGCACAAAAUGUUGAGAAGCCUACUAAAAUAAAUACUAAGCCUAAACCAGUCAAUAUGAAACGUAAAGGGAGAGACUCAUUAGAAGCUUCAAUGCUUAAAGAUCAUUUAACUCAAAGUAAUUUGAAUCAACAACGUGUUCUUGACAUGUUAGAGUCAAGUUCUUCCAAACCCAGUCAAAGUAAUGAGGUUAGUGUUGAUGUUGCUGUGGGUGUGCUUAACCGUAUGGUAGAUGCAGGAUUGCUGAAUGAAUAUGAGGAGUUGUGGUUUUUUGCAAUGGAUUUGCUGGAAGAUCCCGUGAAAAGAAAAAUGUUUAUGAGUGUGCGACAUGAUGAGGGUAGGGUGGCAUGGCUAAAAAAUCUCAAUUUCAAAGAGAGCCCCCGAAUAAUAUGCAAGAAGCUUUUAAUCGUUCGCAUUCAUCUUUACGAAGUUAUAUUGAGAGGUCAUUCGGAAUUUUAAAGAAACGAUUUAAGAUACUAGGUGAAAUGCCCAAGUAUAAUGUGCAAACACAAAUUGAUAUUAUUAUGGCUACAUUUGCGUUGCAUAACUAUAUUCGUAAUUCUCAAGAAGACAUCUUGUUUACUACAAUGGAACAAUAUCCAAA